AUACCACGGACAUCGCAGUGAGCACUCCGACCGCCGCCGUCGCGCCCAGUACACGUCGUCACUCGUCACCAGCAACAGUACGGAGGCGUGCCUCAUUUCCGCCUCGUCGUCACUUGCUCACUGCAGACCAUCUACAACUGUGGUACCUACUGCAACAGUUUCCGUCUUUACUGUUUCGACGUUAAGUACAAAUAGCGAAAAUCGUUAUGCUCUCGUCGUAAACCGUCGGCCGUCGUCACCAUCAUCGUUUUUUACCGAAAUCGUUAGUCACUUUCGACCGCAGAAAUUCGUGUUGGACAGACUCCACCCGCCCUCGCGUGAUCAGUUGGUGCUGAAAAAUGUCUAAGGUCUCCAAUUACGUCAAGGCGCUUAACGGCAGCGCGAACGUCACUGCCGCCGACGAUGAGCUCAAGGAACAAUUUUCCAAGAUUGAUAAAAAUGGAGAUGGAACUAUUGAUCUUUCAGAACUACAAGAGGCUCUAGACUUAUGUGGUUUUAAGUUACCUGCAUGGAAAGUUCGUAAAAUGAUUGAAGAUUAUGAUGGUAAAAGAACCGAAACAAAAGGAAAACUUGUAUUUUCAGAAUUUAAAAAGUUAUGUUCAGACUUAAAAGCAGGAGAAGUCGCUAGCUCAUUUAAGCAAGUUGUUUCUAAAAAAGAAAACUUAGAAACUUUAGGUGGUAUGUCUGAUGCAUCAAGUGAAGGAACAACACAUUCUGUACGAUUAGAAGAACAGCUUGCAUUUUCUGAUUGGAUCAAUAGUAACUUGAGUAAUGAUCCUGACCUAAAGCAUUUACUUCCAAUAGAAUGUGAAGGGAAAAAUUUGUAUGAAAAGGUCAUAGAUGGAAUAUUGCUCUGCAAAGUUAUUAAUCAUUCAUGUCCUGAUACAAUUGAUGAAAGGGCAAUUAAUAAAGAAACAAACAAAAGCAAUCUUACUGUUUACAAAAAAUUAGAAAAUUUAACACUAGCUCUAGUUUCCAGUCAAUCUAUUGGUUGUAAUAUUGUAAAUAUUGAUGCUCAUGAUCUUGCAAAAGGAAAACCACAUUUAGUCCUUGGUUUACUCUGGCAAAUUAUUAGGAUAGGACUGUUUAAUCAAAUUACUCUUGAAAACUGUCCUGGGUUAGCUACACUUUUACAAGAUGGAGAAAAAAUUGAAGAGCUUAUAAAACUAUCACCAGAAGCAAUACUUCUUAGAUGGGUUAACUACCACUUGAACCGUGCUGGAGUUUCAAGGCAAUGCCAUAACUUCCAAAAUGAUAUUACUGAUUCGGAAAUAUACACAUACCUUAUGAAGCAAAUUGCACCACUUGAUUCUGAUGUUGAUAUGUCAGCGUUAAUGGAACCGGAUUUGAACAAAAGAGCAGAUAUAAUGUUGCAGCAAGCAGCUAAGUUAGGGUGUCGUAGUUUUGUUACACCCGUAGAUGUUGUGAAUGGUGUAUACAAAUUAAAUCUUGCAUUUGUUGCCAAUCUGUUUAACAAUCAUCCAGGAUUAGAUAAACCCGAAGGAGAAAUAGUAGGAUUAGAAUCAAUUGAAGAAACAAGAGAAGAAAAAACUUACAGAAAUUGGAUGAAUUCUAUGGGUGUUGCACCUCAUGUUAAUUGGCUUUAUUCAGAUUUAGCAGAUGGUCUCAUUAUCUUUCAAUUGUAUGAUAUUAUUAAACCAGGCAUUGUUAAUUGGUCUAAAGUGCACAGAAAAUUUUCUAAACUGCGAAAAUUUAUGGAAAAAUUGGAAAAUUGCAACUAUGCUGUUGAGUUGGGUCGUCAAUUAAAGUUUUCAUUAGUUGGUAUUGCUGGACAAGAUUUAAACGAUGGAAAUGCAACUCUUACAUUAGCUUUAAUUUGGCAACUAAUGCGUGCAUAUACCUUAUCAGUCUUAACUCAACUUGCUAAAACUGGAAGUCCCAUGAUCGAAAAAGAAAUUGUUACCUGGGUGAACAAUAAGUUACAAAAUGCCAAUAAAUCUUCAACUUUGAGAGGGUUCCAAGAUCAUGCAUUAUCUGAUGGCCGAAUUGUUAUUGAUUUAAUUGAUGCAAUAAAACCAGGCACCAUUAAUUAUGAUGUAGUUAAAGAGGGCGGCGAUGCUGAGGAUAAUUUAGCAAAUGCUAAAUAUGCAAUAUCAAUGGCCAGAAAGACUGGUGCUAGAGUGUAUGCUUUACCAGAAGAUAUUACUGAAGUAAAACCAAAAAUGGUAAUGACACUCUUUGCGUGUCUUAUGGCUAUAGAUUAUGUUCCUUACAUGGCCGUUACUGGAAAAUCAGACUCGUAACCAAAUUAUGUAUUAUUAUUCUAAGACAUUUUCAUUUCCAGUUUUGAACAUAAAUAUUCAUAAAUAUUUGUAUAAAUUAUAUUAUAUGGAACAAUUUUUUAUUUUUGGAAAUCAGCAGCAUUUAAACUUAACAUGUUGGCUGUGGAUAAGUUAAAUGUACAAUAACAUUUUGUUACUAUACAGUUUUAUAAAUACAUUUAAAUUGAAGUUAUAGGUAUUAAGUAACUUAAAAUUAACUUUUAUUUUCCAAAUAUUUAAUUGAGUAUAUUUAGUGAAUUCACAAAAAAAAAAAGAUCACUUGGCAACAUUUGUUACCAACGUUACUAUCUUCUAAUUACUAAUAUACCAUAAUUUAAUAAAAACUUUUAGUCUUCAAUCUUUCUUAUUUCGGCUAUUAAAUAUUUAAAAAAAAAUAUUUAAGAUGACAUUAGUUAUAGAAGACUGACGAACCAAUUGAUAUUGAUAAAUUUGCAAAAACGUACAUAAAAUUAUUUGUAUGGGUGGUUAAUAAUUACUCCAAAGUUAAAAAUUAAAAUAUUAUUGUCUU